UCCUUGAGGCACCUUUGAGUGCCCACACCAGGCACGUAGAUAAGCAGAUAAGCCAAAGGCAGGCACAGCCACCCUCCAGAAGCUGGCUCAGAGCAGGAAGGACGCCCAGAGAGGCCAGGACCUCCUCAGACGAGAGAGCAUGCUCUGUGCAGCCCUCAGUGUUGUUGCCCUGCUGGGUCUGGCAGGUGGCUGCACUGCACCGCACGAUGCUGUCACCCAAAUGCUGCAGUGCCUGGAGGGCUCCGCUGACACCGACGAGCCACCUAACCCCAGCAUACUGCUUGCGCUGAACCUAGCUGGGGCUGGCAAAAGCAGCGGCUGCAAGCAGCUGCUUCAGGAGCUGAAGGAAACAGCGGUGAAGAGGGCCCCGAAAGACAUGACAUCGGGGGAGCUGGCGCUCUACACGCUUGCCCUCCUCUCCUCCUGCCAGAGCCCUCAGCAGGUCGAGGCCCUGGGGCACACUGUCGACCUGCUCCACUGGCUGCAGAAGAGGACAGAUGAGGAGGUGGCCUAUUUGGAGGUUGAGGACACCCCACAGACCACAUUUUACCAGCUUGGCCUGGACGUCCUGGCACUGUGCCUGGAAGGGACAGGCAGCUACGAGGUGGCUGCCGUCAUGCUGGCCAAGGAGGUGCUGAGCCCCAGGAAUGGGCUCUCCGUGGACACCCGUGCCAUGGCAACAUUGGCACUGACGUGUGCCCACGGUCAGCUGGCCACAGCAGGCUUUGAUGAGCUGCGGGAACUGCUCCGGGAUGCAGUGACAACGACAGCCAAUGCCUUCCUGGAUGAGCAGGAGCAGGGGAACGGCUUGAUCGGGAACAUCUACAGCACAGGGCUAGCCCUGCAGGCACUCACCGCCACAGCAGAGUUUUAUGCCCCCCGGGAAUGGAACUGCUCCCAGGCCUUCUCUGCAGUGCUCCACCACCACUUCCAGCAGCCCACAGCCAUCGCCCAGGUGCUGCCUGCCCUGCUGGGCCAGACGUACUUGGAUGCUGCUGGCGUGGACUGCGCCGCUGCAGGCACCGUACAGCCCCUGGCACAAGGGGGCAAGGACAGGGCUGACCAAGCCUCCCCCCUCAUCACGGUGUAUUACUCUGUCGUCAACAAACUGAGGGGAGCCCACUUCAACUACACCACCCAGGUGCACGUGCCAGCCGGCUCAGUGCUGCUGGCUGUGCUGCAGGCAGCCCAGGAGCAGGACCCCACUCACUUCAGCUUCCAGACCAAGGCAACGUCCUGGGGCGCCAUGGUAGUUUCCAUCAAUGGGCUGGCUGCCAGCACCACUGACAAGACCUACUGGCAGCUGCUCAGCGGCAGCAACGCACUGGAGCAAGGCAUUGAUGCCUACAAGCCACAAGAUGAGGAGCACAUCCAGGCCAUCUACAGCACCUACUGAAGCGCGCAUUUCAACGCAGAGACCCGCCACCACCACACACAA